AUGGUUGAAUACACCGACAUUGACAGGCUAGCUAUCUCUACCAUCAGAUUGUUGGCAGUGGAUGCCGUGUCCAAGGCGAACUCUGGUCACCCGGGUGCGCCAUUGGGGAUGGCACCAGCAGCUCACGUUUUGCUGAGACACAUGCGUAUGAACCCAAAGAACCCAGAUUGGAUCAACAGAGAUAGAUUUGUGUUGUCCAACGGUCAUGCGUGUGCUUUGUUGUACUCUAUGUUGCACCUGACUGGCUACGAUUUCUCGAUUGAGGACCUGAAGCAGUUCAGACAGUUGAACUCGAAGACUCCAGGCCACCCAGAGUUCGAGUUGCCCGGUGUCGAGGUCACGACAGGUCCUUUGGGUCAGGGUAUCUCGAACGCAGUUGGUAUGGCCAUCGCUCAGGCUAAUUUGGCCGCUACUUACAACAAGCCGGGUUUCACCCUUUCUGACUCCUACACCUACUCGUUCUUGGGUGACGGUUGUUUGCAAGAAGGUGUGUCCUCUGAAGCCUGUUCUUUGGCCGGUCACUUGCAAUUGGGUAACCUGAUUGCCAUCUACGAUGACAACAAGAUCACCAUUGAUGGUGACACUGAUGUGUCGUUCACUGAAGACGUGUUGAAGAGAUACGAGGCUUACGGUUGGGAAGUUCUGACCGUUGAAAACGGUAACGAGGACUUGGACGCCAUCUCCAAGGCUAUCGAAAAGGCACAACAAUCCAAGGACAAGCCCACUUUGAUCAAGAUGAGCACAGUUAUCGGCUUCGGUUCUCUGCACGCCGGUUCGCACGCCGUUCACGGAGCGCCAUUGAAGGCUGACGAUGUUAAGCAAUUGAAGAAGAAGUUCGGUUUCGACCCUGAGCAGUCCUUUGUUGUCCCACAGGAGGUGUACGACUUCUACCAAAAGAACGUCGCUGAACCAGGUGCCAAGUUGAACGCUCAGUGGGACAAACUCUUCGAGGAGUACCAACAAAAGCAUCAACAGUUGGGUCAAGAUUUGGCUAGAAGAUUGAGCGGUAAGUUGCCAGAAAACUGGUGUUCUAAGCUACCAACCUACGCUCCAAAGGACGGCGCUAUCGCCACCAGAAAAUUGUCAGAAAUCACUUUGGAAAACAUCUACGCUGAAUUGCCAGAAUUGAUCGGUGGUUCCGCUGAUUUGACCCCAUCUAACUUGACCAGAUGGAAGGAGGCCGUUGAUUUCCAACCUCCUUCUUCCGGUUUGGGUGACUACUCUGGUAGAUACAUCAGAUAUGGUAUCAGAGAGCACGGUAUGGGUGCCAUCAUGAACGGUAUCUCCGCUUUUGGUGCUAACUACAAGCCAUUUGGUGGUACCUUUUUGAACUUUGUUUCUUACGCUGCUGGUGCCGUUAGAUUGGCCGCUCUCUCUGGUCACCCAGUUAUCUGGGUUGCCACUCACGACUCCAUCGGUUUGGGUGAAGACGGUCCAACCCACCAGCCUAUCGAAACUUUGGCUCAUUUCAGAGCUAUCCCAAACUUGGGUGUCUGGAGACCAGCUGACGGUAAUGAAGUUUCUGCUGCUUACAAGAGCGCUUUGGAAUCUAAACACACGCCACACAUCAUCGCUCUUUCCAGACAAAACUUGCCACAGCUUGAGGGUUCUAGUGUUGAGAAGGCCUUGAAGGGUGGUUAUGUUCUACAGGAUGUUGCCAACCCAGAUAUCGUUCUUGUGGCCACUGGUUCUGAGGUCUCUUUGUGUGUUGAAGCUGCCAAGAUCUUGAAGGACAAGCACGUUAAUGCCCGUAUCGUGUCCUUACCUGAUACUUUGACUUUCGACAAGCAAUCUGAGGAAUACAAGUUGUCUGUUCUCCCUGACCGUAUCCCAAUUCUCUCUGUCGAAGUCCUAAGUACUGCUGGCUGGUCCAAAUACGCUCAUCAAUCCUUUGGUCUAAACAGAUUUGGUGCUUCCGGUAAGGCCGCUGACGUUUUCAAGAUGUUAGAUUUCGUUCCAGAAGGUGUUGCUUCCAGAGCUGAGAAGACCAUUGCCUUCUACAAGGGCAGGGAAGUCGACUCCCCAUUGAGAACUGCUUUCUAA